AAGGCAGCAGUCCAUCCCCCCUCCUCAUAUACCACGCGCUUCCCUUCCUCCCGGUCCCGGCAAACACACACACACACAGAGCCAGGGUAGUAGCUGCUAUCUAGAGCCUCAGGCGCCGUAUAGCCCGAACCCCAAACAAAGCCAAUUAAGCACGCAUCCCCAAGGCUCUUCGAUCUCGAUCACCAUGAAGCGGGCCUAGUAUAUAGCAGCCGUUCCGUGGUCCUCUCGCCGUCCGUCCGGCCGGCCCAAUUUUGACUAGCAGCUAGAAAUUAGGCGUGUUUGUUGGUUGGACCUAUACAUGGGUGCAAAGCACCUGCUGAGGAAGCAGCAGUCGUCGACGGCGGGGUCGAGCGGCGGCGGGGGGAUGCCGCCGAAAGGGUGCAUGGCGGUGAGGGUUGUUGGGCCCGGGGAGGAGGAGGAGAGGUUCGUGGUGCCCGUGGGGUACCUGAAGCACCCGCUGUUCGUGGCGCUGCUCAAGGCGGCCGAGGAGGAGUACGGAUUCGAGCAGCAGGGCGCCAUCACCAUCCCCUGCGGCGUCGACAACUUCCGCCGCGCCCAGCGCAUCAUCUCCUCCCACCUCGGCGGCGGCUCCGGCGGCCUCGGCGGCUCCGGCCAUGGCGGCGGCUCCUCCGGGAACCUCCACUCCCACAUCGCCGCCUGCUUCAGGGCUUGAGGAUCGGUCGCGCGUCGUCGUCGUCUUAAUGCUGCCUUCGUUGUUAAGUCGCGUCUUCUGUUCUGCUAGUCUGUCGUCGUCGGGAUCUCGCUCCGGUUAAUAAAACCAGGGCUAGCUUUUCUUAGAGUUUAAGUUAGAUGGGGGAGCGAUAGUAUGAUCGAAUCAAGGGUACGAUCAUGCAUGGUUGAGUUGUAGUAGUCGCCCGCGGAUAGAUCUGCGUCUUCCUGGGAAAUCGACGGAUCACUAGGGUCCUGUCUGUGUUUACAGGUUGUGUUACUGAUGAUAAUGGUGAAAAACUGAAGAUCAAAAGGAUCGUCAUGUUAAUUUAAUCUCCAGUGCUGCUCAA